AUGAUGAUGACGUGCCGUCUGCUGUGCGCCCUGUUGGUGCUUGCCCUGUGCUGCUGCCCAUCCGUGUGCGCGUCAGAGGAUGAGCCUGAAGCUGCCGUUUCCUCCCCGACGACCACGGAGAACACAACUCCGGCAUCACCCUCGACACCUGCUCAGAAAGGUAAUGUGUCGGGCGCGGAACGUGGAAAUACUGCAGGAACGGGAGGUGGUACGACCGAUCCGGAACAGCAAUCAAGUGAUACUCCCAAUAAGGUACAAGAAGGAAGUGCUGAAGGUACGAAGGAGCAACAAAUUCGCAAUGAACCAUCCACAGAACAAGCAAUUAAGAAUGUCGAUGAUUCUGCCGAGACGACCACGACGACGACCACAACAAAACCACCGACUACGACAACCACGACCAAUGCGCCAGAGGCACCAAGUACUACGACUACAGAGGCGCCAGCUGUGUCGACCACCCGCGCACCGUCACGUCUUCGCGAAAUCGACGGCAGCCUCAGUAGCUCUGCGUGGGUGUGUGCCCCGCUGGUGCUCGCCGCAUCCGCGCUGGCGUACACCACUCUGGGCUGA